AUGUUUUACCUUCAAUUCAACAUCAUAAUCAUUCCAAAAAUGGGGUACAUGAUUAGAACUGCCCUAUUCAGCAGUGAUAUUUUGCACAUAGAAUUCAUAGAAUGCGAUUUGUUUAUGUGUGUCGGAAGCACUCUUUACAUAUUGAACAUGAAAGGAUUAAUAAGAGAAGAUGUAAGUCUCCCCUCAAAUGAGGUGAGGGAGAUAUUUAAGUUCAAGGAUGUUGUGUUUCUUCAAAUUGAGAAGCAUGGAUAUUAUUACUUCAAGAUAGAUAGUCCUAUGCUUACAAAGGCUAGAUGGGGGAUAGAAAAGAUGCAUGUCAACAGCAAUGCAAUUUUUUCCCAUGGAUGUGUUAUAUUCUUUCUCGAUUCCUCGACACUUCAGCCUAAUCAUAUCGUAACUAUGCCCAGUAAAAUAAUAGACUUUGCUGAAGUUGGAUCAGACAUAUAUGUUCUAGUUGAGACACAUUUAUGCAUGAUUCAGAAUUGGAAGCUGAACAGAGAGAAUGUGCUGAUAAAGUCUAUUGAAUUUCUAAGCCAUUUGAAGUUUGUUUCUGUAGUUUCUAAUGGGCUUGACCUUCUGGUUCUCGAGAACAGCUACGAGAUGGUUGUUUAUGGAAAAGAGGUACUCAGACCGAUAAAGAAAAAAAGCAACUACCAAGGAUUCAAAGUCUUUGGAACUCUAUUUAUACUUCUACUAUCGGACAGCGUGGAGUUAUAUUGCUCUGUCACCCAUAAGAUGCUUACAAAGCUGUGUUUUACACCCAAAGCAAUCGCCUAUGAUUCCUAUAGAAGAAGACUAUGGUUACACUCUGACUUUCUGUAUGAAAUAGAUGUUUCAAAAAUCACUAUAUGA